AUUUAAUCAAAUAUGGAUCAAAUAGAGGAAGAGCACAAGAUAAUCCAAUUAGAAAUCAAAUACACCACAGAAAUCCACAAAAACGUGCCCAUCGAUCUCAAUGGAACUGUACUCAAGUUCCAGGAGACCCUCCAGGAAUUGCUCAAGGUCCCUGUUGAGAAAUAGAAGAUUAUGAUCAAGGGAUCUCUCUUGAAAAAGGACCAGGACCUGACAAAAUUGAAUCUCAAGAAUGUAUACAGGUCUUUAUAUCUUAGGGACAACAAAUCAUGGUCAUGGGAGCACGAGAAGAGCAUCUUUUAAAUUUGAAAUAGGGCAAGAAAAUUUUUGAAGAGGAUCUCACUCCUGAAUAGAAGGCCAUUUUAUUGAAAGAAAAAGCAGGGGUAUGUCCUUCAAUCUCAACUUUAAUAGAUUGUUCUACCAAUAGGAUUGGUCAAUUAGGGAAACACUUGUUAUAUGAAUGCCUCAAUUUAAAUUUUGAGAAGAGUCAAUGAGUUGAAUGAUUACGUCAAGAAUAACACAAAACAAGGACAAGGACCGAGUGUCAAGUUUUUUAACGCAUUAAAGGAUGUCUUCCAAAAACUUGAACUCAAGGGUGAAGCAUUUAAGCCAUACAAUUUUCUGGAUGUAAUCCGUCUCCCCAAUAUGUCUAGGUUUUCUUCUAGUUGUAUCCAGAAUUCGGUUAAAGGGACAACCAAAUGCAACUCAAACAACAAGACGCCGACGAAUGCUUUUAAAACAUCCUUCAGACCAUUCAACCAUUGACUGCCUACGAGAAUGAAGAGGGAAAACAAAAAAACCUGAUCCAAGAUCUAUUUGAAAUAGAAUUGCAAUCAACAAUAGAGAAUCAAGACAUACCAGAUGAACCUAAGAAGGUAGGUAUCGAGAGGGGAAGAAAGUUAAUGUGUAUCAUCGACAAUCAGAGCAGACCAGUCAGCACGUUGGUGGAAGGUAUUACAGUAAGUUUGGAAGAGUAGAUGUAGAAGAUCUCUGAGAUUGAUCAAUAGAAUCACAUCUAUAAGAAAACACAAAGGAUUAGUAAAUUGGUAAGAUAUUUUUAAUAUAUUAUUAAAGCCUAGUUAUUUAUUAUGCCAGAUGGUCAGAUUUUAUUGGAAACAAGGAGUCUAAGGCAAGGAAGGAGUGAAGGCCAAAAUAUUGAGGAAUGUGGCAUUCCCAAAGAUAUUAGAGUUAUAUGAUUUCUGUACUCCAGAAUUACAACAAUUAUUGCAAGCUGGAAGAGAUUAUGAGAAAAAGAAACUGUUGGAGAUGGCUGCCAAGGAAACAGAUGAGUUGGAACAAUUCAAAAAGGAUUUAGAGGCAUCUGGAAAGAUGGUGCCUGAUGACACCAGAGAAAUCUACAAGUAGUUUAAGGCCAAAAAAUUACAGGAGGAAAUCAAGAAUCAUGAUGAUUAGUUGUAUAGAAAACAUGGGUAUGGAUUGGAUACAGGAAAUUACGAGUUGAUUGGAGUUUUAAGUAAAUAAUUGUAUAAUUUAUAGCUCAUACUGGAAGAGAGGCUGACUCUGGACAUUAUAUGGCAUGGGUUCAUCAUUCAGGGGAUAAUUGGAUAUGGUAUGAUGACGACAAGACUGCAGAGAGGAAAAUUGAACAUAUUCUGGAUUUGAGAGGAGGUGGAGAUUGGCAUAUGGGUUAUUAUCUGCUGUAUAGAAAAUUAGAAAUUGAGUGA